UCUCCAGUGGCUGACAUGGCCAAACUGGCCCAGGAGACUUUGGGCUGCCAGGCUGAGCUCCUGUGUGGUGGCCUGGGCGGCCCCAACAGGGAUCAAGUUCUACAGCACCUCAUGGCCGGACAUCCCCUGCUCAUCCCCUAUGAUGAGGAUUUCAACCAUGAGCCGUGUCAGAAGAAAGGCCAUAAGGCCCACUGGGCAGUGAGUGCAGGGGUCCUGAUAGGUGUGCAGAAUGUGCCAAGCCCUGGCUACAUUGAAGACUCUGAGUUGCCAGGCCUCUUCCACCCAGUGCCUGGUGCACCCCACCAACCACCAUCCUUCCCAGAGGAAAGCUCCCCAGGGGCCAUCUUCCUUCUUUCCAAGCAGGGCAAGAGUUGGCACUACCAGCUGUGGGACUACAGCCAAGUCCAGGAUAGCAACCUGCAGCUGACAGACUUCGCCCCUGCAAGGGCUGCCGAUGGACGGCUGUACGUGGUACCUGCUGGUGGGGUAAAGGCUGGCCUCUGUGGCCAGGCCCUGCUGCUCAGACCACAGGAGGGGAGCCAUUAGCUGGGGCCGGGACACCUGCCUGGAACUUAACUCCAUCAACAUUAGAAUGCUUCGGCCCCUCAUGUGACAUUUUCAGUCCAUAGUUUCAUUUGAUGAUAGUGUCUUGAAGACCGCCUGCCCAGAAAUCUUUGACUAGAUCACCCCAUACAGAGAGUCACAAACCUGACCACUGUCCAAAGUCUCAACUCAUCACCUCCGGAUCAAGCACUCCCUUGGCUAAGGGAGACUUGGUUUUGUGGAGGAUUUUUGUUUUUUUAAAGCAGUAUCUCUGCCUUGCGAGUGGGAGCACAUACUUGUAAGCCGAGCACUCAGAAGGUACAGCAGCAGUUCUCAACCUGUGGGUCAUGCAGCCGGACAUUUACUAUGCUGUUGUUCCUUCCACCUUUCCAACCCCUAAAGGUAGAUCAGAGAGAAAAGGAUAGAGGGAAGGGGCUGCAUUAUCCUUCAACUACUUACUGCUGAUUAGGGGUGUCAAGUUCCUUGGCGCAAGUUUGAUCUUUGCUGUCUGGAUAUCUAAUGUCCUCUUCCUUCCC